CUCCGGAGCAGCCCAACGGACCGGAGCUCCUCCUCUCGGCUCUCCGCGGAGAGACCCCCACCUUUGAGCCUGAUUCCGGGAUUGUCGAAGAGAAGAAAUGGCGUCAGGCCUGAGCGGUGUUGUGGUGCUGGUCCUCUGUGCCUGUCUGGCCCCUCAUGUGUUCGCCAGCAGGGAUUCAGACUGCUUGUCCUACAGAGAUUUGAACAACGUGUAUCACUCAUACAAAUCAUGCUACUCUGGAUUUUGCUGUGGAAACUGCCUCGACAGAUACUGUUGUUACACUAAUUACUUGAAGCUUUCUGAGGACCAACAAGAAGACUGUCCUGUCGAGCCUAUUUUGAAUUUUUAUUCACCGGUCCACAUGAUCGUUGGUAUUGUCAGCCUCAUCAUCGCGUUGCUCGCCCUCAUCUGCUGCUGUGUCUGUCCCUGCUGCUGCCUGUACAAAAUGUGCCGCAAGCCACAACCUGUGAUAGCUACUACCACCCACACAACACUGGUCACCAGUACUCCUCAGAAUUACCCUCAACAGCAGACUGCAACACCCAGCCAUCCUCAGUCCUACCAGGGGCCCCAGUACCAGCCCUACCAGCCCGUACCAGUGCAGCCAGGAUAUGGCAACCAGCCCACGCCCCAUGCGUAUGGAGCUCAACCCAUGCCCUCAACAACCUACCAGGGUCAGCCAUUCACACCAGGGCCACCUCCAACAUAUCAGGAAGCCACCUGUCCCGCAUACCCUCCCAACCCGAUGCCUUACAGCCAGGCUGCGUUCUCCCCCAGCCAGCCAGCGUACCCUCUACAGCCUCCUGCCACGCAGGGGCCCGCGGCUCCACCCGCCAACACAGACUUCCAUAUGCAGCCUGCAUACAACCCAGAAUAUAUCGCACCCAGGACUGGAUAACGGACCACAGUGCCACAAUCUCAGCCACUUUAAACAUGCUGCAGCAUUUAGGAACUUUGCAUAAUUUGAAAUGUGCGAUCUGAACCAAGAUGACAGUUGUUCCAGAGGGUCUUCAUCCAUGUGUUAAUAUGGGAAUUUGUCGUUGUAGAAGAGUAACCAUGUGAAAAUGUUGACGCGUCUUUCCUCGUAUUGCAUGGACUUGAUAUAGAAGUGGUGAGAUUACUUUUUUAUUUUUUUUAUUUCUCAAUGGCUCCAACUUAGUCAUCUUAGUGAAUUAAACAUAAAACCACUGAGUCUGAUUGAAAAAAGUAUAUGAAGUGCUUUGUAAUUUUUCCAGCCUUCUCAACAGGCCUCAACAUCUCCCUGGUCUGUGACGUGCACCGACUGAAACUGCUCAACCUCUUUAAUCCAACAUCCUCAGUUAUAUCCGUCACAUUCAAAUAUGGGAGAAGUUUUUAUGUCUUUUGCCAUGACCUCACUGCAGACCGAUAAAUUGCUUUAAGCCUUUCUUUCCUCAUGUACUUUCUCUGGUGUUUGGUAGAUGUGUAAUGCUUUAUAUAUGUUAGUACAGCGUACUGACCAUAAAAUAUGUAUUAUUUCUCACUGGAGGACGUAGAAAAGAAACAUGUCAUUGUCAAUUACCGAUAUUCAGAGGUUUCAGGGUUGUUGUUUAACUGCUUCACAAAAGGGAACAUUCAUCAUACAAAAAUAAGCCUUGCUCACAAGGGAGGUCAACUUUACAUUGAACCCUUAUGUGUUUUUAUGUCUCAAGUUAUUUUAAAUCAUUUUAGUUUGCUCAUCUUACGGCCGUGCACGUCUAACUGAGGUAAAAUGCUUUGACAGCUUUGACUCAAUCAACCAAACAUUCAUAAAAGCUAUUCUGCGAAACUCAAGCAGCAACUGUGCCUUCUUAGCCAUAUGACCUUUAUCAAACAACAGUGUGCAUGUCAUAAAGAACAUGUUAAAAGUCAAAUUUUCUAUUUAUUCUGGAGUGUUUGGUUUGCUUUUUCUGUUACUGUUCUGUUACUUGUACCUAAUUGUCCUCAUAAAGGCUUCAAUUUAAAAAAACUGGCAAUGUUUUGCAGUGUAUCAUGUUCAACAUGUACUUUAAAGUCAUGAAGCCUUUCUGCUCCUUUACUUACAAACCAAACUGUUUUUAUUACUUUUUAUAUUUAGUGUUCUAUUAUUUACCCACGUCACAUCAGUUUUAAGCUGUUUUCUCACCAUAGAUUUUAUUUUAUAGUACCAAUGUUACAGUGAGGAUUUUAGAGUCAUUUUUUUAUUGUUUAGAUCUAAAAAACUAAACUAAAAAAAGGCCUUUCUUGCUUUGUCCCUUUGUUUUCAUUUGUGUUUUGCAGUGAAGCCGCCUCUUCUGCUUUCUGCCUACUGAAAUGACUUGAAAAUAGUUUUGACUAAAGUGACCUUUUUUCUUGUAAGAAGUCACAGCUCAUGUGACAGACCAGAUGCCUGACUUUUCAACUUUUUACUUUUGAUUGUGGUCAAAGAAAGUAGUAGAAUUCCAUAAUAUGUUCGUAUCACAGGUAUUUUUCUUCAGAAUGUCACAUCUAUGCUGUGGCCAGACAUAUCCAAAGUAGUAUUUGUGGAGAAUGUGCUUGUUCCCUCCUCGACCAAUCAUUUUGCCUGUAUUUCAUCAUAGACUCAACUUUUGUUUCAAGUCUGUGAACUUCGUCCUUUGGCCAGUGUUGAUUCUGCAAUUUGACUCUUUUGUAUUUGUGAAUUAUAGCCAUUCUUGUUCCAUCUGUUUCCCACUGAAGAAUAAUUGCCAUUGAUGCAACUUUGAGAAUAUAUGUAUGACUUUUAUUUUGUUUAAAAAAAACUGCUUAUCCUGCAGAGUUCAAUAAAAUAUAUAUUUUCUGCUUC